UCCGCGUCCGAAUCGGAAUCGCUAGUCGGCUCCGUCCAGGCGUCUAGUUCUCUCCAAGUCCCCAGGAGCGCCGCCGGCCGCCGUCAAAGUUCCGUCCACGAACGCUCAACGAUAAACGUUCCGACGCUCCCGCGUUCCGCUUUUCCGAAACGCGCCCGUUUUCCCGUUUUCCCGCGCCAGUGACGUCAUUGCCCGAUUUUCAGACCCGCGCGCCGCGGCCGCCCGGUGUGAGUGCGUGUUUACCGGUGUGUUUUCUUGUUGUUAUCGUGUUGGAUAGUUUUUCUGUUCUUUGUGCACGUUGGCUUCCACUUCGAAGCGGAUCUCUUUGAUUGCCGAUUUACUUGUCGUUUGGCCCUCGAGAAAUGUCCGAAUGAUGCGCGAGUGAACCGAAACCGAAAUCCAUCAGCAACCAGUUUCGGGAGUGAUAAUCAGUGCGUUCGAUCCCUACGAGUAGUGAAACAAAAAAUGCAAAGGAUGUGAAAAUCAAAAAAGUGCCACCGUUUCUUUCAAUAACCACGGAUAAGAUGCAGAACACCGCAAACCCCGCUAUCUCCAGACAUCCGUCACCGCCUAUCUACGCAAAGUUUCAGAGCACUUUGUGAAGCCGUCCCUUGCACGGCCAUGGGAAUAAACAGAAAAACAAAUACUUCAAUUUUCUACACAUACCUCUUUUUUUGACCCCAUCCCCCUCUCCCCCAACCCCUACCCCCUCGCAACCGAUCCGAACAGGUAAGUCCAUAAAAUGAAACCGGUUUUCUCCAUCCCUAAAUUCCCCGUUUUCCUGGUCCUGUCCCAAUUCCUGCUCCUGGCGUUCCUCGUCGACGGCGCAUCGUUCCGCUUCCCAAAGUCCGGGCUGGAGGAUGACGUCACCGCUGACGGGACGAAGAACCUGUUGGACACGAAAUCGGUCAAAGAAACCGGUUCGCCCAAGUUGAAAUCGCCCGAGGACGACGCGAAGAAGGCGUCAAAGUCCGGGCGGAGGGUCAAGUUCCUGGACCUGGGCAAGAACCAAACCGGUUUGGAGGAGGUGCUGGACCGGCGGAAACCGGAGCCGGAGAUCGUGAUGCUGGACGAGGCGAAGCUGGAGCAGGUGCCGACCUUGCAGAAGGACGGCGAGAAGGAGAGGUGGCGGAUGCGGGAGUCCGUGGCGGAGGCGGUGCAGCGGUUGUACCGGAACAAGUACCGGCUCAGCGUGGCCGAGGAUGGGUCCGAGGGUGCGAACCGGAACGCGUCGGAGGACGGGAACCGGUUCCGGUGGGUCCAGGACGCCUACCUGGGCUGGAGCAAGCGGCACCCGUACAAGAACCAGGGGUCCAUGCUCAUCGAGGUCCUCGGCGAGAAGAACCAGCUGAACAAGACCGUCGCCGACGACCCCAAGGGCUUCCAGAACGACAUCAUGGAUAUGCUCGGAAAAAUGAUACCGCAAACAUGUUGGUAUAACGGAGGGAGAUUCGACUGCGGUCUGAGCAUAUCCUGCGUGUUGGAGGGAGGCCGGCCGUUGGACUUGUGUAGCGGGGGCAUGAUUUGGAGUUGUUGUGUCUCCCGGGAUAAAGUCCACGCUACUCCCUCCAACAACUUAGCAGCCAUCGAAAAUGCCAGCUGUGGAGAACUUUAUACGCGGAGCCAUCGAAUUGUGGGCGGUCAUAGUUCCUCUUUCGGAUCUCAUCCUUGGCAAGCGGCCAUUAUCAAAUCGGGUUUCCUCUCGAAAAAACUUUCAUGUGGCGGAGCUCUCUUGAACAGUCGAUGGGUUGUCACCGCUGCGCAUUGUGUUGCCACGACAGCAAACAGUAAUCUGAAGGUGCGGCUGGGAGAAUGGGACGUCCGAGAUCAGGCGGAAAGGUUUACCCACGAAGAAUACGCCGUCGAAAGAAAAGAGGUUCACCCGCAGUACAGCCCGACGGACUUUCGAAACGAUGUGGCGCUGGUGAAAGUGGACAAGGACGUCAGUUUUAAGCAGCACAUCAUACCCGUCUGUUUGCCCGACACCGCGGCGAAGCUUUCAGGCAAAAUGGCCACCGUCGCCGGCUGGGGCAGGACGCGACACGGAGUAUCGACAGUGCCAACCGUACUUCAGGAAGUGGAGGUGGAGGUGAUACCCAACGAUCGAUGUCAACGGUGGUUCCGAUCAGCCGGCCGAAGAGAGACAAUCCACGACGUUUUCCUCUGCGCCGGUUACAAAGAAGGCGGCAGAGACAGUUGUCAGGGGGAUUCUGGUGGACCUCUGACAACUACGAUGGACGGAAGGAAGACUUUGAUCGGUCUGGUAUCGUGGGGAAUCGGAUGCGGUAGAGAACACUUACCAGGAGUUUACACCAACAUUCAGAAGUUUGUGCCAUGGAUAGAUAAAGUGAUGGUCAACCAUCAGACUCAUGAUUAGCUUCAAUAUUUCCUUGCAGGAAAACCAGAGGGGAACAUCGUGGGGUAGAAAAUUAAAGUAGACUGAACAAAGUUGAGGAACUAAAAACAAGUCAUUAAAACUCGCCAAACGCAUUCUAAAAAUUAGUCUAAACUAAACCUCCGUACCCCGCAACACUUACAACACGAUAAAAUUAUGACUGGCUGAGAAAAAAAGGGGAAAAAGCAAGUUGGCUAUUAUUAUUUUUCCCCUUCCAUGUUUUUCAGAAAUUUGAGACAGCUGCAGAAAAUAGAGUUUCUGAGGCACUUUCAAAUAAAAGUAUGCACAAUCAGCGUUAUGUCAAUCUAAUUGUGAGAUAAUAAUUAUUAAGAAGAGGACGAAUAAAAUAUGAAUAAAAGAAAACCUCAUGGCAGAAAGAAAGCAUGUAUCAAAUAUUGAGAGAGUGGGUGCCAGAGGAUAGCAGAGAUAUUUCAGUGGAUAAAAAACGUCAUGUUGUGUCACAAAAAUUGAGGAAACGGAAGGCGAGUCUCCUUACUUGCUGCUUAACUUAUGUAGAUGCUUAAUCAUUUUCUAUGAAGAGAAAUUGGACCGCCUCAUGCAGAAAGGAACCAA